AAUAGAUAAUAUGUUAACCGCGUCCGAGCACGUUUUUCAAUUUUUUCAUAUUCGAUAAAAUAUCAUAUUUUCGAUUAUUAUGUUACUCUAAUAAUUACUGUGCUUUUCAAAGUAAUUGUUUUCGUUUAAAACAUUUGUAUUCUUCGUUAAAAUCUACAUAAUAAAAUUGUCAUGAAUCGUUAACCUCUCGAAAAAAUUUAUUAAUUACUCUACUCGAAUCGAGCGGUGGUUAUUUCGAUCUAGAAAACACGACACAAGGAAAAAAAAUUAAACCCAUGUAUUGUGGUUGCUUGAAGCCCUUGCUUGUUGCUUCCGUUAUCUUCCACAGAUUAAAAAAAAACACUCAUGACCAUUGAUCCAUUGUAGCCGUGACCUCAUAUCAUGGUGAUCAGUCAAGCAGCCAAAAAGGCCGAUAGAAUCAUCGACAAGACGACUGGCCUGUAUAAAAUUGCUGCCAAAAUAAUUAAACAAGUCAAAACCGGAAACAGCUACAAGACUCUUCUUUAUCGAGCGCAAUAUCCAAAUAAGCUAACGUUGAACGCCGUAUUGAUGAAUGUGUUUAAAUGGGAAAAAGUAUUGGACGUACUGAUCGAGAAAAGUAAUAUACUGAAAAAAGAAAACGAUUUGGACAAAAAUUUGGCGUACGUACUAAUUACAGAAAUGAUGUGGUCAAAAUUUGGUUUGAAAGGCAGCGCUAAAAAUAUUUUGGCGAUUAAAAAAUACAAACAUGAAUUCGUCAAACUCAUGAAGGAACUUAAUUUAGAAACACUAGUGACUUCAAUGCCGAACAAAGCGUGGAAACCUCGUUAUUUUCGCGUGAACACCUUGUUAACAACAGUCGACGAUGUACUGAAGAAAUUGGCCGAGCAUAAAUAUAAAAAAUUAAAAUCGCCUGCUACGUACAGCGAUUUUUUGGAGUUGUUAAAGUCGAAAAAAUUUUCAAAAAACUGUUUUGUUCAAGACUUACACAUCAAAGAGCUGCUGGUUUUCAACCCGAAAGUGAAAUUUUAUAAGCUUGAAGAAUACAACAACGGAAGCUUAAUUAUUCAGGAUAAGGCCAGUUGUUUAGCGCCAUACAUUCUGAAACCUGAACCAGAGAGUACGGUGUUGGACAUGUGUGCAGCUCCCGGUAUGAAGACGUCCUACCUUGCCGCCAUUAUGCAAAAUAAAGGCACGUUGUAUGCAGUUGAUCGUUGCAAAGAUAGGUUUGUCGUAAUGCAAAAAAUGUUGGAAAAAUAUGGCGUGACCAAUGUGGAAACUUUCAAUAUGGAUGCAUUGACUUUCCCGUACGUUGAUAACGUCAAAUACAUUCUAGUGGAUCCAUCGUGUUCCGGUUCUGGUAUCGUGGACCGAGUUCGAAAUGAUCCGGGACAGAACGAAAAUAACGAAAUAAGACUUAAGAAACUGGCUAAUGUUCACGCUCAAUUGUUGAACCACGCUUUGAAAAGUUACCCGAAUCUAGAGCGACUUGUUUAUUCUACGUGCUCGUCGAAUCCCGAAGAAAACGAGGCGGUCGUUGACGAAGCGUUGUCAGUGACUGAAGAUUUCAAACUGUUGGACUGUACUAAAUUAGUGAAAGGAUGGAAAAACAAAGGAGCUCCAGGGUAUAAUUGCUCUGACUUGUGUCUGAAUGCCGUGCCAAGCACAGACUAUACGAAUGGGUUUUUCAUCGCCGUUUUUGUACGCAAAGAUUUCAUCGAACCGGAACAAAAGGAAGAUGAAGAAGCCGUCAAAGUAGAGGAAGUCGUCGCUAAAGUGAAGUGUAAUGAUACCAAAGCCAAAGUACCGUUGAAAGUGAACAAAAGUGAUCAGCCGAUUAAAAAAAGUAAAAACGCCAGAAGAAAAGAAAGACGUUUAAAACAACAACUAAUAGAAAACUCCAAAAGCGUGGAUGACGAUAAAAAUAUAAAAUUAGAUGAACCAAACGAAACCAAAACAAAAACCGAAGCGAUUAAAAGAGUGAAAAAAAAGAGAAAAAAGUCCGAAGAGAAUGAAGAAGGAGAAGAAUCAAAAAAGGAAGACUCCCAAUCAGAAGGCAAAGGUGUACAGGUUAUGGAGGUGAAGAGAAAAAAGAAGAAAGCAAAAACAGAACACGUCGUUGACAAAGAUGCUAUAGUAGUAAAUGAGGAACCGUUAAAAAAGAAAAAAAAGAAAAAAAUUUUAGACGAAUAGUAGAAAUGUGAUAGAGUUAAAAAUAUAUACGUAUAAUAUUUAUGACUAUUUUGAAA